CGCCAAGGUGUGGAGGUCAAAGUGUCACUUUUCUUUCUUUUUUAAAGAUAGCUUGGGAAAAAAAGUCACCGCUCUCCCUCGUGACAAUGUCUUCCAUCAAGAUCGAAUGUGUCUUGCCGGAGAACUGCCGGUGCGGUGAGUCUCCCGUAUGGGAGGAAGUGUCCAGCUCUCUGCUUUUCGUGGACAUUCCUGCAAGAAAGGUUUGCCGGUGGAAUACGCUCACCAAGCAACUGCAGCGAGUGACCGUGGAUGCCCCGGUCAGCUCUGUGGCCCUUCGCCAGUCAGGAGGCUAUGUCGCCACCAUCGGAACAAAGUUCUGCGCUUUGAACUGGGAAGAUCGAUCAAUAGUUGCCCUGGCCACAGUGGAUAAAGACAAGAAAAACAAUCGAUUCAACGACGGGAAGGUGGAUCCCGCCGGGAGAUACUUUGCUGGCACCAUGGCCGAGGAGACGGCCCCGGCGGUUCUGGAGCGGCACCAAGGGUCCCUGUACUCUCUCUUUCCCGACCACCAAGUGAAAAAGUACUUUGACCAGGUGGACAUCUCCAAUGGCUUGGAUUGGUCCCUAGACCACAAGAUCUUCUAUUACAUCGACAGCCUGUCCUACUCCGUGGAUGCCUUUGACUAUGACCUGCAGACAGGACAGAUCUCCAACCGCAGAAGCGUUUACAAACUGGAGAAAGAAGAACAAAUCCCAGACGGAAUGUGCAUUGAUGUGGAGGGGAAGCUCUGGGUGGCCUGUUACAACGGAGGAAGAGUGAUCCGUUUAGAUCCAGAGACAGGGAAAACACUUCAAACUGUGAAGUUGCCUGUCGAUAAAACAACUUCGUGCUGCUUCGGAGGGAAGGAUUACUCGGAAAUGUAUGUGACCUCUGCCCGGGAUGGGUUGGACUCCGAGAGUCUUUUGAGGCAACCUAAAGCUGGUGGAAUUUUCAAGAUAACUGGUCUGGGGGUCAAAGGAAUUGCCCCCUACCCCUAUGCAGGGUGACAACAGGUCUGCUUUGCUGCCAGAAGAAGCUUUGAAGACAACUAGAGAAUUCUCGGGCUAGAAUUUCAGUCUACUUAGAAAGAAGAGCAAAGCAAUCAUAUUAUUAACAGGGUUAAAAUUUUAAUUAAUUUACAAUUUUUAAAAGGCAGAGCAUUUUUAAUAAGAGGUGACAGGUGGUUUUGUUAACACACUAUAAAGCUUCAGUAAAAGAUACUAUAGAAGUGCAAAAAUUGUUCGACUGCCAACCAGCCUCUUGAUUCCUUGAAAAUUGCUUUGUGGGGGGGCGCAUAUAUCUCUUCUUUAUUCUGCAUUUCAUGCUAUACCUAAAGCUUCAAAAAAACUAAUAAAUAGUAACCUGGUAAUGACC